AUGACCGGGAACCCUGCAGCGCAAGCAAGCGCGCCCCCGGAGAGCCAGAUUAGCAAUGGGAUGCUGGGCAAGAUGAACGUGAGUCCAUCCGAAUCAGUCGCCACGAGAGAUACUCCGCGAACCUCGUCUUCAAAGCCGGACAAUCCUUCCGGUGGGCACGCGAGCGCAAAGAAGCGUCGCAAAGUUAAUCAUGCCUGCGUCUACUGCCGGCGAUCGCAUAUGACAUGCGAUUCGGAACGGCCAUGCACACGAUGCAUCAAGCGUAAUAUUGGCCACUUGUGCCAUGACGAGCCACGAGAACCUUCCAAACGCGCACGCAGCGAACAAGACAGAAACUCCGUCAUAGACGAAGAAGCUCCAUCAAACAAUGAAUUGUCAAAUGUCCAAGGUAUGCCUAGGAAUGCCGAUGUCAAAAAUGUUGCUGCCGGUCAGCAAAUUCUCCCCAAUGGUACCAUGAGCAUGCCCCCGCAAUCAUCGUCAUCACCACCGUCUUCAUCAUCCUUCGUGAACCCCAUGCAGAGCAAGACUCUGGGUUAUAGUGACUGGCUUGGAGGACAGAGUCAAUUCCAGGAUAUGCACUCCUUUCAUCCUUCAUAUAUGUUCAACGCACCCGAAUUCACAAACGAAUACAACCUGCUCGGUGACUUCCUCAGCAACAGUCUGCUAGACGACGGGACUAUGUAUGGCAACGACGGUCUUUACUCUGAUCCGAGUUUGAUAAACAACAUGCCCAGUCUGAGUGACGCCGGGCUACUACAGCAGCCGCAGUUUGAACCGCCAACCCACAGUCAGCUCACCGCCAGUGACUCAAUCCAACGCCCUACCACGUCUGUCGGAAAUGAUAAAGCGCGAGAAACGUAUUACAUGACUGCGGCUGAUCCAUCCGGGUCCGAUCCUCCGGAAGAGCGCAUGAACAAACUCCUCAAAGCCAAGUACGAGGCUGGUCUGUUGAGGCCAUUUAACUAUGUCAACGGAUAUGCGAGAUUGAACCGGUACAUGGAAAGACACAUGCAACCGGCAUCGCGGCAUAAGAUCCUUCGACAGUUAGACAGAUUCCGCCCUAAAUUCCGAGAACGGAUGCAGAAACUCACGGAUGUCGAGCUUAUCCUCGUCGAAAUGUGGUUUGAGCGGAGCCUGAUGGAAUACGACCGCGUCUUUGCCAGUAUGGCGAUUCCAGCUUGCUGUUGGAGACGUACGGGUGAGAUUUUUCGGGGAAAUAAAGAGAUGGCCAAGCUGAUCGGCGUCCCAAUUGAAAGUCUUCGAGAUGGGAAACUGGCCAUACACGAGAUUAUUGUAGAGGAUCAGCUUGUGAGCUAUUGGGAGAAGUUUGGCGCUAUUGCCUUUGACAGCACCCAGAAAGCGAUGCUCACGAGUUGUACUCUGAAAAGUCCGAAUUCCAGUUCAGCUACUGACGGAAUCCGCUGUUGUUUUUCUUUCACGAUCAGACGAGAUACACAUAAUAUCCCGUCGCUUAUUGUGGGAAAUUUCCUCCCAAUGCAAAGGCGAAAGUCCUAA